UACAUUGGUGGGGGGGGAGGAAGUACAUUAAAAGAUGUAGAUUCAACUUUCCCAGAGAGGCAACGUCCACGGCCUCUCUACACCCUCUAGGUGCAAUGAGGCGACGAGUGUACGAUCUUCCCAGAAAAUUUGAGGAAGCUAGAAUCAACGAUUACAAUCCCUUGCUGCUGUACCUAUGGAAAGCCAAUGUAGACGUCCAGUACAUAGCCGAAACCAGCAUGGCGCUCACUGGUUACAUUACGGCGUACGUCACAAAAGCAGAGAAAAGCGCCAUGCAAAGCAAUUUUGAGGACCUGUCUAGCUCGGGCACCCUCUACGGUAAAAUGUGGAAGUUUACAAAAGAAUGUCUAAAAAACAGAGAAUCGGGCACGUACGAGGUAGGUGACAACCUCAGAGGUGACCCCCUGAACGAGAAAUCAAACACGGUUCAGUACGUCAACGCCAAACUACCAACCAAACGCAAUAGAAAGCUGAAAACCUAUGCUGAGCUAAAAAGAAUGAAACCCAACAGCACUGACAUGUUCACCCCUAGUCUAAUAGACGUGCACUAUCCAAACAGGCCAGACAGACUGUCCUCCAUGUGCUUGCACGACUUUGUUGCACACAUUGACUGGUACGGAGACGGGGCGGGUGAGAAAACGUACAGGAGGCUGGUCAAACCUCGUGUAAUCCGUAACCCCAAGUACAAGACCAGCCAAAAAGAGCAGGAGCAAGCCGGUCUCCUCCUGCUCUUUGUCCCGUACACUGACGAGAGUGACCUCCUCGAAGACGGAGAGACACCUAAAACGUUGUUCGAGAGGAGGCAGAACAAAGGCCUCCUUAAUCACCACACCAAGCUCCAGAAGAUGCUGGAAUGUAACAGAAGAAUGAGAGAAAUCUCUGACACCAGAAAGCGGAAACGUCUAGAUCCUCCGAAAAAGGAGGACGAAAAAAAAGACGAUGACGACGACGAAGACGUCCUGCUCCAGGGUAUGGCUAAAUCACACUUGGAUCGCCACCUGGAGCUUGACCUAGACGUAGACCCCGUAACGCUGGACAAGAGACUGUCCAUGCUAAACGAAGACCAGUGCAGGGUUUACGAAAAAAUCAGUAGCCAUUUGUUGCACGAACGAGACCACGAAAACGGGGCCUGUAAAUGUUCGAACCUCAAACCGUUGCAAAUGUUUGUUAGUGGUGUGGGGGGAACGGGCAAGUCCUUACUCAUUCAAGCGCUCAGAGCGUUUGUCAAAGACACGUGGCCGGAUUUAGCCAAUGCCAGUGCAGUAGCCGCCCCGACGGGCCUAGCAGCUUGUAACGUAAACGGUGUGACCACCUACCAGCUCUUUCAGUUGCCCAUAGAGCACGACAGUAAAACUGCAUUGUACUGGGAGCUGCCCAAAGAAACACUCAAGUACCUCAGGCAGCAGUUAAAAAAUGUGAAGGUGUUCAUAAUUGACAAGGUGUCCAUGGUGUCCAGCUUUAACCUAACGUACAUACACCUGAGACUAGACGAGAUCUACGGUGGUAACGAGUGGUUUGGGGCUAGAACAAUGCUCUUUGUGGGAGACAUCCUCCAGCUACCACCCGUUACCGGUGCACCAGUGUUCCAAAACAUUCCCUCAAAAAUACUUUCGCUCAGAAUAGGUUGCAUAGGGUCCACAAACAUUUGGAAAAGCACUGUAGUGUACGACGAGCUGACCAUUAAUGAGAGACAAAAAGGGGACAAAUUGUACACGGACAUGCUCGACGGGGGAUUUCCUAGCAAACAGGCAAUCUCUCUCCUGACCCAACGCGUCUUUGAUGUGCCUGUGCUAGAAAAAUACGAGCAACUAAUACGCAAGGGUAAAAAACCCAUCUGUCUGUUCUCCACUAGAAAAGCGUGUGCAGAAGUCAACUCUGACCUUUUGAAAACUCUAGACAGCGAGGUAAUAGCACUGCGCUGUAAAGAUGUCAUAGACGAGAGUGCCUGCGCCGACUUGGAGUGGAACAAGAAGGCAGAAAACCGCCUAAAAGAAAUGAACAAAGACAGCAGCUUGACGGCUGGUCUGGAGGAAGUGCUCCUCCUGGCAGUCGGUGCUCGCGUGAUGUUGAGACGAAACCUGUCGACCGAAGACGGUCUUGUAAACGGAGCAAUAGGCACCGUUCUUGAAAUCACUAACAGGUACGUAAAUGUCAAAUUUGACCGAGUCGCGAAACCUUACAAAGUAACUAGAGUUUCUAACCGAUUUUGUGUCCUUAAAAAAUUCUACAUUUCAAGAAACCAAUUCCCUCUAAUAGUGGCUUAUGCAGUCACCAUACACAAAAGCCAAGGUCUCUCGCUCGACUGCGCCAUCAUUGACCUUUCUGACAGUGUGUUUGGUGAGGGCAUGGCGUAUGUGGCGUUGUCCAGAGUUAGAUCCAUAGACGGUGUACACCUGUCUUCCUUUACACCCGACUCCAUCAUGGCCUCUAGAACAUGCGUGGAGGAGUGUAACAGACUCAAGAGGGCGUUCAGGCCAGACUUAGCCAUGUACGAAUUGCCUAUUGCAAAAUCCCAAAAAAAGAGGAAAAUGACUGCUGGUGUUGUUGUCCCGCCAGCCAAACGGCAGUGUAAUAAGGCCAGUAAGGUUAGGAAAACGACUGCUGCUGCUGAUGUUGUCCCACCAGCCAAAAAGCAGUGUAAUAAGGCCAGUAAGGUUAGGAAAACGACCGCUGAUUUUGUUAUCCCGCCAGCCAAACGGCAGUGUAAAGUUGAAAGAAACGUCCCCAGUAAUGUUAGGAAACCUCCAGUUAAAAAGGCUGCUUGCCUAAUAGUCGACGAUCCCGAGAAUCUCGGUGAAAAAUUUCCUUUCAACCCUCUAGACAAGGUUGAACAGAAAUCAGUGUGUUCGCUGCUGCAAAUUCAGUACAACAGCAGAAAUACCGUCUCUGCUGGCGGACCAGACAUUGCCCUGACUCCGCCCGAUCUUAACUCCCUUAUCGACACGUUGGGGGAUGGAGCGUGCAUGUUCAGGGCAAUGUCUGUGAUCAUUACCGGCUAUGAAAGUCAACACCAUGUCAGACAAGCCAUUGUAAAGCAUAUGUGUGAUUUUUAA